AUGCAUCCGGUGAGAAGAAUAGCAGACCGCUUGGAAAAGCCUGAGACCGACGACCGAGAGUACAGAGUGAUCGAGCUGCCCAAUAAGCUCGAGGCACUUCUAGUACAUGACAACAAGACCGACAAAGCCAGCGCGGCUCUCAAUGUCAAUGUCGGAAACUUUAGUGAUGAGGAGGAUAUGCCUGGCAUGGCCCACGCGGUCGAGCAUCUUCUCUUCAUGGGCACUGAGAAGUAUCCCGUAGAGAACGAAUACAGCUCCUACCUGUCAUCAAAUUCGGGGUAUUCGAAUGCCUACACCGCCGCAACUCAGACCAACUACUUCUUUGAAUGCGCCGCUGUUCACGAAAGCGACCAGGGAGGCAAUGGUGCUUCCAAUGGCGCAUCUGCACAGACCAAUGGCGUCGUCAACGGCGCGACCAAAGGCCCGCUCUAUGGUGCCCUGGACCGAUUUGCGCAGUUCUUCGUUAAGCCACUGUUCCUCGAGAACACCCUCGAUCGAGAAAUGCGAGCUGUGGACUCUGAGAAUAAGAAGAACCUCCAGAAUGAUAUGUGGCGCCUGUCGCAGCUGGCAAAAUCUCUAUCCAACCCAAAGCAUCCUUAUCACCACUUUUCCACUGGCAAUCUGAAAACGCUGAAGGAAGAGCCGGAGAAGAGAGGAGUCAAGAUCCGAGAUGAGUUCAUACGCUUCUACGAGGAGCAUUACUCUGCCAACCGCAUGAAACUAGUUGUGCUCGGCCGAGAAUCCCUGGAUGAGCUCGAGGACUGGGUCGUGGAGCUCUUCUCCGAAGUCAAGAACAAAGAUCUGCCGCAGAACAGAUGGGAUGUCGAGCAUCCUCUGACCGCGAACGAGCUUUCUACGGAGAUCUUUGCGAAGCCAGUCAUGGAGUCGCGGUCGCUCGAGAUCAGCUUCCCAUGGCAGGACGAGGACGAGAUGUACGAAACGCAGCCCGCUCGGUUUAUUAGCCAUUUGAUCGGUCACGAAGGGCCCGGAAGCAUCCUCGCCUAUCUGAAGGACAAAGGCCUAGCCAACAGCUUGUCUGCUGGCUACCACACUGUUUGUCCUGGUACCGCCUUUUUCGAGAUUGACAUCAGCCUCACGCCGGAGGGCCUCAAGAACUACCGCGAUGUUGUUAAGCAUGUCUUCCAAUACAUCAGCAUGAUGAAGGAGAAUCCACCUGUCGAUUGGAUGCAUGAGGAGAUGAAGAACAUGGCUGAGGUAGACUUCCGUUUCCGCCAGAAGUCGCCCGCCAGUCGGUUCACCAGCGGCACCAGCAGCGUAAUGCAGAAGCCCUUGCCUAGGGAGUGGCUGUUGAGCGGCAUCAGCAAGUUCCGCAAGUUCGACCCCGAGGCUAUCGUGCAUGCUAUGCAGUCCUUAAAGGAUGACAACUUUCGCCUGAUGGUUGUGAGCCAGGAUUACCCCGGUGAUUGGAACCAGAGGGAGAAAUGGUACGGCACAGACUUCAAGGUGCAGAAGUUCCCUCUCGAGAUCAAGGAGGAGUUUCGCAAAGCUCUCUCCGCCCCAGCCAGUGAUCGCCCUGAAGAGCUUCAUUUACCGCACCGCAACGAGUUCAUUCCUACACGGCUGGAUGUCGAGAAGUUGGAUGUCAAAGAGCCUACGAAGACUCCAAAGUUGCUCCGGAACGACGACAAAAUGCGGCUUUGGUGGAAGAAGGAUGACUCUUUCUGGGUUCCGAAAGCGAAUAUCAACAUCCUGCUUCGCAACGGGCUAACCUAUGCCACACCCGCUAACUACGUCAAAACUGUCCUUUUCACGAGUAUGGUCAAAGAUGCUCUCAAUACGUACUCGUACGAUGCAGAGAUUUCGGGCCUAGUCUAUAACGUUGUUGCUGAUCCUUCUGGUAUGAACAUCCUGGUCCAUGGCUACAACGACAAGAUGGCGGUGCUGCUUGAGAAGAUCCUUCUUACUGUUCGCGACCUCGAGUUCCGCCAGGAUCGUUUCGAUAUCAUAAAAGAGCGCAAGAUCCGGCAGUAUAAGAAUUGGGACUAUCAGCAACCAUAUCACAUCAUUGGCGAUUACACACGGUGGUUGCUGAAUGAGAAGGCCUGGAUGACCCAUCAGUACGCUGCGGAACUGCCACAUGUUACUUUGGAAGAUCUUCGAUCCUUCUCACCUCAGCUCAUUAGCCAGGCGCACAUCGAAGUGCUGGCCCACGGCAAUCUACAUCGUGAUGAGGCAAAGAAAAUCGGCAGCCUCAUCGAAGUCACUCUGACGCCUCGCGCCUUGCCAGUGUCACAGUGGCAGAUGCGGCGCAACAUGAUCCUCCCUCAAGGCUCAAAUGCGAUCUACAAGACAUCACUAGUCGACCCGGAGAACGUGAACCAUGGCAUUGAAUACUAUGUACAGGUCGGUCAGGUGAUGGAUAUCAGUUUGCGCUCCAAACUCCAGCUGUUCGCUCAGAUCACCGAAGAGCCAGCUUUCGAUCAAUUGCGAACAAAGGAGCAGUUGGGCUAUGUUGUGUGGUCUGGCGUGCGUCCCGCGGCAACGAUGAUGGGCUAUAGGAUUCUCAUUCAGUCUGAACGCGAUCCAGAGUACCUGGAAAGCCGAUGUGACGCCUUCAUGCUCAAGAUGCGAUCUUAUGUCGAAGACAUGAGUACUGAAGACUUUGAAGGUCACAAGCGAAGCUUGAUAAACAAGCGUUUGGAACGCUUGAAGAAUCUCGACUCCGAGACCAGCCGUCUCUGGGGCUAUGUGAGCAACGAGUACUUCAACUUCUUCCAGGUUGAUCGUGAUGUUGAGUCUAUUCGCAAGCUCACGAAGCAAGAUAUUGUGGACUUCUACACCAAUUUCCUCGCUCCGGAGAGCUUGACGAGAGCCAAGCUUGCCAUUCACCUCGAGGCGCAGCAGCAGGCCCCCACAGAGGUCGAAGUCGAUACUGCCGCACAGAAGCAGCAGUUCGUGCAGGUAUUGCUCGAGGUCGUGACCACAGUUGACGGUACCGUCGAUGAAGCUCAAUUGGCAGCUUCUUUGAAAAUUGUGGACGUUGCGAAUAUGGCCGCAGUGGUGCAAGCAGUCAAAUCAUCGGUCUCCGAAGCGAAAGCAGCUGAGGUUGUGAACCAGCUCGAGCAGGCCAUUCCACAGGUCUAUCUUGCCCUGAAGAUCGUCCCCAAGGCUAAGAGUAGCGACGCGGAGGCCGUCAGUGACGGCGACAAGACUCCUGAAGUGGAGUUGUUGGCACCAACAGUUAUCGAGGACGUGGUGAGAUGGAAGGCCGGUCUGGAGGUUAGCCGUGGACCUGUCGCUGUGGCCGACUUGAAGGACUUUGAGGAGAGCGAGCCGAAGCUGUGA